UCGAUGACUAUGGCUUCUUCAGAAGUUGCUCGGCAACCGGACAAGGGUGUCCGACCUCUCUCCCUGGCAGGGCAUGUGGGCUUUGACAGCCUCCCAGACCAGUUGGUCAACAAGUCUACAGAUCAGGGGUUCUGCUUCAACAUCCUUUGCAUUGGUGAAACUGGUAUCGGCAAGUCCACCCUAAUGGACACCCUUUUCAACACCAACUUCGAAAACUUUGAGUCCUCCCACUUUGAGCCUCAGGUGAAGCUGCGGGCUCAAACCUACGACCUGCAAGAAAGUAACGUGCGACUACGCCUCACCGUGGUCAACACGGUGGGAUUUGGGGAUCAAAUGAACAAACAGGAAAGUUAUCAGCCAGUUGUGGACUACAUUGACAAGCAGUUUGAGAGUUAUCUUCAGGAGGAGCUCAAAAUUAAGCGCUCCCUUUUUAACUACCACGACUCGCGGGUCCACGCCUGUCUGUAUUUUAUUUCCCCCUCGGGCCACUCUCUGAAGUCGCUGGACUUGGUCACAAUGAAGAAACUGGACAGUAAGGUCAACAUCAUCCCCGUCAUCGCCAAAGCAGACACGAUCAGUAAGAGCGAGCUGCACAAGUUUAAGAUCAAGAUCAUGAGUGAACUUGUGAGCAACGGCGUCCAGAUCUAUCAGUUCCCAUUGGACGACGAGACCGUCGCCAAGGUCAACACGGCCAUGAAUGGGCAUCUACCUUUUGCUGUGGUGGGCAGCACGGAAGAAGUGGCUGUGGGCAACAAGAUGGUGAAGGCUCGCCAGUACCCCUGGGGGGUUGUCCAAGUGGAGAACGAAAGCCACUGCGACUUUGUGAAGCUGCGGGAGAUGCUGAUCUGCGUCAACAUGGAAGAUCUAAGGGAGCAGACACACACUCGCCACUACGAGCUCUACAGACGCUGCAAGCUGGAGGAGAUGGGCUUCAAGGAUACGGACCCAGAGUGCAAGCCUGUCAGUCUGCAGCAAACCUACGAAGCCAAGCGUCAAGAGUUCCUGGUGGAGCUACAGAGAAGAGAAGACGAAAUGAGGCAGAUGUUCGUGCAGCGGGUCAAAGAGAAAGAGGCUGAACUUAAGGAUGCAGAGCGAGAGUUGCAGAGCCGCUUCGAGCAGCUGAAGCGACUCCACGCCGAGGAGAAGUCUGCUCUGGAGGAUAAGAGGCGACUCCUGGAGGAAGACCAGAGCUCCUUCGGCAAGAGACGCGCUGCCGCUCAACUGCUGCAGGGCCAAAGCCUCACCGCUAACGGCAAGAAGGACAAAGACCGCAAGAAGUAA